GAACGUUCCCAUAGAGACGCUGAUGUCGGAGCCAAGUGCUCCCGAAAUGUUACCAGAUGAAAACCUUUUAACAAGUCAAUGAAAAAGAUCAGCUUUAGAGAUGUCUCAGUUGGCAGCUGAAGAUGAGGUGGAACUACAAUCUCUGCUCAAGCAGCUUCUGAGGAGCAUCGGUGACAGGAUCUCUGGUGCUCUGUCAACUGAUUGUGCUGAAGAGGUCCUCCUUCAUCUGGAGGAAACUGACAAGAACUUUCACAAUUAUGAGUUUGUUAAGUACCUCCAUCAGUAUGUGGAAAGCUCUUUGGGGACUGUGGUGGAUGAGGAAACCAAGAAGAUGACUAGAGGAGAUGAACAACAUGCAGUUGGUUCAGGGCAUGACAGCUUGAUUCAUGGUGUCACCCAAAGGACCAGAGAGUCAGUUGAGUACCAGCAAAUGAUGCAGACCUUGAAAACCACCAUGAUCAUGGUUGUGGAAUCUUUAAUCAACAAAUUUGAGGAGGACCAACUGAAGGAGGAGGAGAUGCACCGAGAGAAGCAACACAGUCAGUCGAACAGUCAGUUCACUGACAACUGCUCUGACAGCGACGCCUCCUUCAGCCAGAGUUAUGCAUUCAUCAGGCAAGAGCAGCUGCAAGUCUUGGCUGAAAAACUUGACUCUAGCAGGACCAAGGAGGUGCGUUUCGAGGCCCUGCAGGCUCUGUGCUGCGCCCCUCCAUCUGACGUGCUGAGCUGUGAGAGCUGGAGCAGUCUGCGCAGGAACCUCUGUGCAGCACUGACUGAGCCCGACCCUAACCUCAGCGAUAGUGUACUGCAGUUCUUUGCUAAAUGCUUCUCCUCCUCUCCACUGAAUGUGACACGAGAGAUCUACACCAGCUUGGCUAAAAGUGUGGAGUCCAUUUUUCUCUCUCACAAGCUGAGCUUCCCAACUGACUCGAGCGUCAUUGACAUUAGCAGACCUGAGAUCAGUCAUCUUCUCAAGCAGAUUCGACUGAUGAAUGACUUUCAGAAGGAGGUGACAACCUUUUGGAUCCGACAUCCAGAGAAGUAUAUGGAGGAAGUGAUAGAGGGCACGUUCUCCCUGUUGUCCUACCAUCAGGAAUAUGGCUCAUCUUCACCAGGGACAGAAAAAGCCCUAGAACCAGUUCACUUACUGGCCUUACUGGAUAUCAAAGCUACAUGGUUCAAAAGGUGGAUGCAUGGAAACUACAGUAGGACUGUGGUUCUCAGACUCCUGGAGAGAAAAUACAAGUCCCUAAUUGUAGCAGCUCUUCAGCAGUGUAUCUAUUACUCCGAAUGCUGUGAACGUCACACAAAUGAAACUACUGAUUCCCAGUCAGCAGGGCAGCAGAGCACUGUGCAGAGGAGUGUUUAUUCGAGACAGGACCUUGACUAUGCCUUCUUUGUCCACUCUCUGUGUGUUCUUGGAAAACUCCUCAUCUACACCAAUGGACGGAGGCUCUUUCCCAUCAGAGUGAGGAAGCACAAAGAGGCAGUUAGUCUGACAGAUCUGGUUGUCAUCAUGAUUAACAUAAUGUACCAACACCCCAAAGCACACAGUGAUGUCUCACACACAGACUCGUUGUCGCCCAGCAGUCUGGUGAUGGAGGUGGUGUGGAUGCUGUGUGAGAGGACGGAGUGCGCUGCAGAGUGCCUCUACCAGACACCUGUCAUUGAGACACUACUGGCUCCUGUUAUAGCUCUGCUCAAUGGACAGCAGGUCAAAUUAAAGUGUGCUGCAGCAACACUUAGCCUCAUCGCUGACAUUCUGGCUCGCAUAGCGAACACUGACCGAGGAUUAGCUUUAUUCCUAUAUGAGAACAAUCUUGUUAUGGCUCACAGUGAGAGAACCUCUGCUGCUCAUGUCAUUGUGUCGUUGACCCUGAAGCUGCUGGAUGAGGAGCUGUCAUCGCUAAGUGAAUCUGAUGCAUCCCAUACAUUGUGUGGUGCUUUUAUCUUUGUCUGUAGGCAGAUGUACAACACCUGUGAGGGUCUGCAGGUCCUCCGACCCUACGGCCUGCACAAGGCUGUAGCUGCUGCAUGGAAAAAGACCAGUUCCUUGUCAGAAAGGGUUCCAACCCCAGUACCUGGAGCCACUACUGGAGCCUCCACCCAGGAACUGCAAAACAUGCUCUUCUGGGAGGAGACACUGUUGGACAGCCUCUUGAACUUUGCUGCAACCCCUAAAGGCCUGCUGCUGCUCCAGCAGACAGGCGCCAUCAAUGAGUGCAUCUCCUACAUGUUCUCUCGCUUUACUAAAAAAUUACAGGUGAGCCGCUGUGAGAAGUUUGGAUAUGGGGUGAUGGUGACACAGGUUGCAGCAACUGCUCCAGGCAUAGUGGCUUUGCACAGUUCAGGUUUCAUCCGGGUGCUGGUGAUUGAGCUGUGGUCAACUCUAGAGUGUGGAAGUGAAGAUGUCAGCAUGGUCCGUCCCAAACCAACUCCCAUGGACUCCAUAGACAGGAGCUGCCUCAAGCCCUUCCUGUCCUUGGUCAGCCUGCUCUCCUCCUCCCACUCGGUGUGGGAGCUGCUGGGCCGACAGCCUUUAGCCAAUAAGACUGAAUACACCCUGAGAGAAAUGCCAACUUCCAUUAUUGAUUUGAUUGACCGGCUGAUUGCUGUGAAUUCAGAUGCAAAGAUUCACUCCCUUUUCCACUAUGAGCAGUCUCACACGUUCGGGCUGAGACUGCUCAGUGUGCUCUGCACUAAUCUGGACUCUUUUCUGCUGCUGGAGAGCCAGUACAGCAUCUGCUCCAUGCUGCUGCAGUGUCAGAGGGAGAAUGUCACUGAGCCAGACACCAGCCAGGGGGAGUUCAUUAUAGACAGUCUGUCAGUGGAGAGGAAUCACGUGCUGGUUCGUGUCAGUGUGGUGGGAGGUCCGUCUGAAAGGAUGCUUCCCCCUCGAGCCCUCCAAGAGGGAGAACAUCCUUACCUGUGGCCAAUGUUUUCAAGCUAUCCUCUACCUCCCUGCUACACCCUGGACCCACCAAAGAGCCACCAUAACUCACAAGACUCUGAGAUCAGUGGGUUUCUGUCUUCAUCUAAAGACACACAGAAUGAGGAGAGCUGGAUGGAGAUUUGUCAGAGACAGUACCACAAAGUCAUGACCUCCAAACCCAACAUUUUAACUGGAAAGGUGCUGGCUGACCUUCUGGAGAAGGUUGUAACCCAUCUAUCCGGCUCUGCUACAGAAUGCUUCUUCUCUCCGGCUCAGUACAAAGCGGAGGAGAAGAGUGUGAGGAGCACUGUGUUAUCAUCUGUGGAACAGCUAGGAAUCAACACCUGUCUCAGAUAUGGCAGCUACCUCAGUCUACUCAAAGAUGAUGCAGUGCAUGACCUGACGCUACUAAUGAAGCACGUAAAGAUCUUCUUAUCUACACAGAGAGUCAAGAAUUCUUCAGAUCUCAUCACUCAGCAGGAUGGUUACCCGGGCCACGACUGGUUCGUCUCCACAGUGUUCCUCAUCAUGGCCGGAGACAUGGACCGCUCUCUGAGUUUGUUGCUCAACCUCUCCUCUCUGCUGACCUCUGCAUUCAUCUGGCCUGCAAGGAUACAUGCAUCUGUCCAUGUUCCUCUGGAAGUCGCCAAGUCAGGAAUCCCUCCUGUCUACUGGUGUACAGCUCACUAUGUGGAGAUGCUGCUGAAAGCUGAGCUUCCCCUGGUCCACUCGGCCUUCAGGAUGUCUGGUUUCACCCCCUCACAGAUGUGCCUCCACUGGCUGACUCAGUGUUUCUGGAACUAUGUGGACUGGACAGAAAUCUGCCACUACAUUUCCACCUGUGUGGUGAUGGGUCCUGACUACCAGGUUUACAUGUGCGUGGCCAUAUUCAAACACCUGCAGCCAGACAUCCUGCAGCGUACACAGUCCCAGGAGCUGCAGGUCUUCCUCAAGGAGGAGCCAAUCCAGGGCUUCAAGGUCAGCAACUACCUGGAGUUCAUGGAGGAACUGGAGCACAGCUACAGAAAGACUGUUCUCACUGACAUGACAAGUAUCCGAAACCCUGUCGAGUAGGAAUAUUUCCAUAUGUCCAUCUUGCACAAAUUGCAGCAGAGGUUUUGUUUUUUGCUGGACAACUUUAAAUGCCACUGAAGCUAUUUGUAUUAAAGUACCUAUACGUAUCUGCUGGUGACACUGAACACUGUUCACCACCACACAAGACAUUCUGACAGCAUUUCUCCCACAAUCCUUUGGUGUGGACUGGGAAUUACUGCCUCAUAAUGGCUGCAUUUUGUAAUUAUGAGAUAAUGUUCAACACCUCAGCCCUUGGCUCAGGAUCAUCGGGGUUCUAAGAUUUCUUCAGUAUCAGAGUAGCUCAGUGACAGUUGUCAGUGCAUCCAGUGGUACUGUACAUACAGUGCCUAUAAAAAGUAUUCACCCCCUUGGA